AUGUGGGAUGAAGAGAGUGUCAAUCCAAAAAACAUCAUUUCUGGUAAUUUUACAGAACCGAAUUCGCUCUUCGUGACAUCAAAUGGUGAUAUUUACAUUGAUGAUGGUGAGAAGAAUGGUCGAGUACAGAAAUGGAUAGCAAAAACAAAUACCUUGGUCACAGUGAUGAAUGUCAACUCAUCGUGUGAUGGUUUGUUUGUCGAUAUGAAUGAUACUCUUUAUUGUUCAAUGUCUAAGCAUCAUCAAGUAGUGAAAAGAUCAUUAAAUGAUCCUGUGAUAAAUUCAAAUCGUGUUGCUGCUGGAACAGGUAAAUACGGAUCAAAGUCGAAUCAACUUAAUGGUCCUCGUGGAAUUUUUGUCGAUGUGAAUCUGGAUUUAUAUGUGGCAGAUUGUUACAAUGACCGUGUUCAGUUAUUCCAGUCGGGAGAGUCAAAUGGUAUCACAGUAGCUGGAAGUACAUCACUAAAUCCAGCAAUUAAACUUCUUUGUCCAAGGGGAAUUAUAUUAGAUGCUGAGAAGUACUUAUUCAUUGUGGAUAGUAACAAUCAUCGCAUUGUUGGUUCAAGUUUGGAUGGUUUUCGAUGUUUAGUUGGAUGUCAUGGACAAGGAUCACAAUCCAAUCAAUUGUAUAAUCCAUUUAGUUUUAGCUUCGAUCAUUCUGGAAACAUAUUCGUUACUGAUGUAUCUAAUGGUCGAAUUCAAAAAUUUAAUUAUAUGAAAAAAUCUUGUGGUACUCCAGUAAAUAUUCAAUUAAGAUAUUCAUCAAAAUUAACUGAUGAUAAUCCAACAUAUUAUCGAGAUUGUCAAGUACCACAAUGUCAUUAUGAAACAUUACAAAUUCAUGUCAAUACAAUGGGUCCCUAUGUUCUUUGGAGUAAAAGCAGUAUUAAAACAUAUGGCUAUAUCUACAAAAAUGAUUUCAAUCCUCUAAAACCAUCUGAAAAUUUACUCGUAUCACAUGAUGGUGAAUGUAAUGAUGGACAAUUUAAAUUAAUCAUCGAUCUCGAGGUCAACACUCGAUACAUAUUAGUUGUGACAACACACAAUCCUAAGAUAAUUGGGAGCUUUUCUAUUUUUAUCUCUGGACCAAACAAUGUCAGUCUUAGUCCUUUCAGUCCAAAACAAAGUAGUUGUGUGAUUGGUGAUCAAUGUAACUUCUACAUCAAAGGAAUUGGUUUGACACUUGAUGAUAUUUUACGUGAUGAACUUCAAUCAAAUACAGUGUUGACUAAUCAAUCAUUUUUGAUUAAAUUAAGUGCAGCUUUAACAAUAAUUAUGUUUGGCGCAGGAUUAAUCAAUAGUAUUCUUUCUUUUAUUACAUUUCAAUAUAAAGAUUCUCAACAAGUUGGAUGUGGAGUGUAUCUAAUGGCAUCAUCGAUCACUUCUCUUUUGGCAAUUGGUAUGUUCAUAAUCAAAUUUUGGUUUGUUGUUUUUACUCAUAUCAAUGUGUCCACUAGUCUGUCUGUUCUUCGUGGAGGUUGUGCAUCUAUUGAACCUAUUCUAAAACUUUUUCUCUACUUGGAUGGUUGGCUGAAUGCUUGUGUAGCAGUUGAACAAGCGGUACUUGUUUUUAAAGGAGUAAAAUUUGAUAAAAAAAAGAGCAAAUCUAUUGCUCGACGAACAGUUCUUAUUUUACUAUUCUGUAUUUUUGGUACACUUAUUCAUGAGCUCGCAUUUCGCAGAUUAUUCGAAUAUGAAACAGCACCAGAUACGAGUAACACUAAUGAAGACACAAUAAAGCGAUAUGUAUCAUGUAUCACUCAUUAUUCUCCUUCCGUCCAAGAUUACAAUACAGCUGUUCUAUUUUUUCAUCUUGUUGGUCCAUUUAUUGUCAAUCUUUUCUUUGCAUUAUUCAUCAUUUUUGGAGGUGCUCAUCAACGAUCAAUGAUACGAACUAACCAAAGUUUUAAAGAACAUGUUCAACAACAAUUCAGUGAACAUAAACAAUUGAUCAUUAGCCCAAUAGUUUUACUGAUUUUAUCAAUACCUCGUCUCAUCAUUUCAUUACUUCCAGGUUGUGCGAAAACAUCUGAAAACUUAUGGUUGUAUCUUGGAGCAUAUUUCAUUUCGUUUACUCCUUCGAUGCUAAUCUUUCUUAUCUUUGUGUUUCCUUCGAAAUUGUAUAUGAAAGCAUUCAAACAAUCGUUCAAUCGUAUUCGACGGCGUACUCCUCCCUAA